CUUGCGUCAUCACAACAGAGUGUUCAACGCAUCACUGUUUCUGUUAAAUAAACGUUGUGCAACGUUUUGUCGGGGCAGAUUUUCCCCUGACCCUGCAGGCACCAUCUCGUGAUCAUCCACCAUCGAGACUUUUGUUAAAGAGUUACUAAGCUGGUAUAUGUGAGUUUCUACAAAGAGAAAUCAUGAACUUCAGACUCUCAUCACUGAUCCUGCUGUUACACAUUCAAGGGUUCCUUACAUUGGAUAACUUUAAUGUAACCUGUAAUAAACAGAAUAUUUGUGCUCUGAGGGGGGGAGACGUGACAGUGAAGUGCUUUUACUCAAACAUCAACAUCACAACUGGGUUUUGGUUCAGUCAGAAACAGAGAACAAACUGGAGAAACAAAGAUGAACCUGAAGAUUUGACUGUAGAUUCAGAUUACUCAGGACGAGUGGAUCAGGGGAGCACUGAAAACUACUCAAUACUCACAAUAACAGAUCUGAGAGAGAGAGACAGUGGAGAAUAUCAGCUCAUGAUCAUUAUGAAGGAUGGAGUUAAACAUCUCAGCUCAGUCACAGUCAAUCUAACAGUCUCAGUUUUACAGGUGAAGAUGAAUCCUGGACCUAGAGGACUACGAGUAAAACUGAGCUGUGAUUCCUCCUGCCCUUUGACAUCUGAAUAUUAUUACGACUGGUACAAGAAUGGAAAAUAUGGCCAAAAUAGACAUGGCCAAAGCAUAUUUGUGCCAUCCAGUGGAAACACUGACAGUUAUUCCUGCUCUAAGUCUCGUUCAGAGUACUCUUCACCUGUGUGUGUUUCUAACAGUAGCUGUUGGCGUGUGACUUACACCUCUACAAGAGUUUGUGCUUUAGUGGGAUCAACAGUAGAUAUUCACUCUUCAUACUCACAUCCCACUGGAGAUACAGCAGAGAAAACAUCUUGGUAUUACAUUCAUAGUGGGAAACUUAGUAAUCUGCGUGAGGAUCAUCAGUUUGCUGGUCAUGUGGAGUUUGUGGGAAACACACUGAGAAUAAAAAAUGCCAGCAUGAGUGACACUGGACGAUAUCACUUCAACAUCUUCACUACCACAUCAGAUCAAAUUUCUAGUUAUCCUGCAGUCUCUCUUACUGUUACAGGUACACAGGUGAGAAGCAGCCCAGACCCUGUGAUAGAUGGAGAAAAAGUGAUAUUAAGCUGUUCAACCAAUUGCACUCUGGAUAACAAACAUACUUACAUCUGGUAUAAGAAUGGACAACAGGUAACAGAUGGAUUGACUUUAUUAAACAAGCUGUACCUGGACUCAAUCAACAGUGAGGAGCUACAAGAGUAUUCCUGUACUGUAAGAGAUAAGCUUGGAGCUUCCUGAUCAGACUCGUCAGAAUGUUGGCUUUCGACGACCCCUGCACUGAAGAUGGCAUGCAAUCACGUCCUCCUUUGAAGGUCUCUCAAACUGUGAUGCCAGGUCCAUUGGAAUCAGGGUUUCCUUCAGCUUAUCUUCAAAUACCUCAUCAAACACAAGCCUGAUCACAUCAUCCACAUAACUGUACAAAUAUUGCAGUCAAUAAAUAUUUUGUUUUGAUCAUUUAUUUCCCUGCUUCAUACAUUAAGUUUUUAUUUAUGAAUAUAUUUGAAAUAAAAACAUUACUGCUUACAGUAUGUCACUUGUGUGUUUUGGGAACAUAGCCUUGUACUUUCCCUCUCCUGCUUUUGUUAAGGCUUGGUGACAUUGUAAUGGAUUUAUUGCUACAUCAAGCAAUACAUUUAUUGUAAAAGUAAAUACUACUUUAUUUAACACAGUUACUAAAAUACUUAAAUACCUGCACAGCAUUCCAAUAAAUGGGAAAAUCUAAUUUUUUGCUGCAAAUCUGAAAUCUCAGGCUACGGACGGCAAAGGCAUCCACUGAUGAUGGUGAUGGAAACAUUGUGAAACGAUGCUACUGCCUGGAUUCCUAUGAUUAUGCAGAGAAAAAAAACUUUGUCAUCAUCAGUUAUACAUCUAAGACUGGUAGUGGUUUCACUAGCUAAAUACAUCAUAUGUGUUACACACCUUUGCUCCUCAUAUGCCAGUCUGACUCAUUGUACUGUGUGUAAUGAUGUUGCAUGUUUGCAUACAGUGUAGAAGGAUGCGUCCAGCUGCGAAUCUAGGAUAUAGACAAAUAAAACAAACAUGUAUUCAGUCAAAAAGACAUAUUAUAACAAUAGAGUACAACGACUAUAACUCAUUAGACUAUUCAUUAAAACGUUAAUGUAUUACAUAUUACAUGGCCCAACAUUAGCAACACACAUUACGUGUUUACUUCGUUUCAAAAUCUAAGAAAGCUUCAAGUAAAUACAACAGUAAAAUACAUAUAACUUUAAACAAAUCAUCUGUACUUAGAGUUUCUUGAGUUUGAUCAUGAGAACAAAUUUUACCUGUAACAGUUUAGCUGGUAACUUAGCAAGUUUGUAAACAUGUCUAAACCAACAUCGAUAAAACGAUAGUCUGCAUAAUUCAACAUACACGUGUGUAAAUAUGGUACGUUGUUUAUGAAAUACAGUAUUACAACACAAAACAAUUAGCUUGCAAGCUUAGCUCUACACGCACAUUAUAUUAAUCUCCGGUUACCGGUUACGUAACUUACAGUAAAAGGCAAAUAAUAAACGUGAAUACUUACAGCCUGUAAUCCAGAAGUGCACGGUAAUCCAACUUUCAGGAGGAGACGUCGCGCAAAUCCAGCUUCGGUUCAUGAGAAGCAGUUAUUGUGAAAACUCUGUGAACAACUUCUGACUGGAUUUUUCCGGAACCAUAUUAAACCUGAUGUCCUCUGUGGAAGUCCAUAAAGUGCUAUUUUGCCCUCGCAUCUAAAGAGACAGCGUCUACUCGAGAGAUUUAAUCGCUUAAAUGAUGAAACAAGAGUUUGCAAACAGAGUCAAAGCAGGGACUCCCAACCUCCGCCAUUUUAGCUCUCUUCUGACUCGGCGCUCCCCACCCUCGUCUUUGAGGGCGUACCCAAGCGAAGCAGAGAGGGCUGAACUAUGAUAAUGUUGGUCUUAUCUACGUCACUAAUCCCAGGGAGUAAACUGUUGCCUACAAUCCGAGUGUUUUUUGUAGUCCUCGAACGUUAGAGACGAUAACUCGCGUCAUCGUUUUCUUUGAGGUAUGUACUUUUUGAAUAUCGUUAGCAUGUACUAAUACACACUUACACACAAAAGGAUGUUUAAAAAUGUGUAUCUCAUAAUAGGUGCUCUUUAAGUUGAACAAAACUAGUUUUAGUUACCAACUGAAGUAACUCUUUAAAGCUACGGUCGGCAACUCUGGAGGAUUGAGAUGAUUUCGAAUGUUUUCAAUUUUUAUGCCCCUCCCACACUACCACCGAGCAACCUCAUAUCGAGCUCGUCCUCAGCAGUGCGUGUUUAAGCAUCCUUGAUUACUUACAUAACACUCAGAAAUACAAUAAAUGGUUUAUAAAGCACAAUUACCUGUCAAGAAGAAAUGUGGCAAGCUCUGCAUCCAGCUUGAACCCUUUUAAAGCUCAUAGAUCCCUCCACCUUUCAAAUGCUGGUCCGAUAUUGAUCCUAGUUUUAUUACAGGCACGGUCGCUUUUUAUCUUCGUUUCCUUCUUUUCCUUGGUUGUUUUCUUUUCAUUUGUUGUUUUCCUAGCUCUGGUUGUUAGCCAAGGAAUCGGAAGUUUGUUAGUGAAUGUUCUCUCCGCCAUCACGCUGUGUUCAAUCCAAGGUGGAUGCAUGUGAUAUUAGGCUUGUUCGACUUCAAGCAGCACCACCAUGACGUCAUCGCUGAGCUACUUUCAGUCUCACUGUGCAGCACUCAUAGCUGAUCAUUAAUAUUGAAGUGAGAUGCUACAAAAUUACAGAAAUGUUCAAGUACAAGUACAAGAAAUCUUAGUUAAAUAUUGCCUAAUAAAUCAAAUAAGUCACUGGCGCAGCUUCUGCAGGUUUCAAGUUCAGGUGCCGGUGUGCCGCGUUGUUUUGUGUACCAUCAUUACUGGGGAAACCCCUAAAAAAGAAGAUGAGGUGGAAUUACUAUUUUCUGACGCAAGUUGUACUUUACAUGUACUAACACAACCAAAAGUGAAAGUGUUUUAGCGCUGCCAGUGGCACUGAACGUCAUAGCGCAUCACUCAGAACUUUUGUGUUAUUUUGAAAAUAUGCACACAGCUGUGAUGAUGGUUAUUUGCUGAGUAGCGCUGUGAUAACGGCUGCAGUGAGACUGAAAUCUGAGAAUCACAGAAAAGUCAAAUUCUGAAUCUUCUGCCUUUUCUGAAUAUAACUGAGUUUGUGUCUUUUUUUCAGAUCCAAUGGACAAAACAAAUGCUUAAACACAUAAAACUGUAGGAUACUGAUUAAAACAAGGCUUGGCUUUCUGAAGGUUUGCUACUGUAAAUGUUUUAAUAAAGCUUUUUGGUACCUGCCUUUCUGAGAUAUUUUUCCACAUAUUAUAUUUGUAUUAAGACAUUCAUAAUCGUCAGAUAAAUGUUAUCUUUUGAAUAUAUUUCUCUGCUUUCUGUUUUGACUGCAGUAUGUGGUAACACUUUCUAUAAAGUCUGUGUUUAUAAUGCAUUAUUGCAGUUAUAUUCCCUUAUAAUAAACAUUAUUAUACUGUAUGUUGUAUUGUCUAAUAAAUAAUAAUUACAACAGUUACAAUACA